CAUAACUGGCAAAUUUGAAAAUGUGAGUUCCGAAGAGAAGCACUUGGAGACGACGUUUUCAGUUUAGACGAGAAACAAGGAAAUUUUGGAAAUUCAUGUGCCUGGGUUGAAACGAACAACUUCUUAUGCGUUUUCUAAUUUAACUUAUCAAAAUGACAAGUGCUGCGAAAUUAAGACGGGAUGAAAUAAGGAAAGACAACAUCCCUGAAAUUAUUCUUGAUCCAAGUUCAGGCAAACGCUAUUUGAAAGGACGAUUUUUGGGCAAGGGUGGCUUUGCAAAAUGUUACGAAUUAACAGAUGUGGAAACAAAAGAGAUCUUUGCUGGCAAGAUCGUGUCCAAGACAUUACUGGUGAAACAGCACCAGAAGGACAAGAUGACCCAGGAGAUUAGCAUCCACCGCAGUAUAAAUUAUAAAUACAUUGUCAAGUUCCACUCCUUCUUUGAAGAUUCGGACAAUGUAUACAUUUUAUUGGAGCUGUGUAGGAGAAGAUCACUCAUGGAACUUCAUAAGAGAAGAAAGGCCAUCACAGAGCCAGAGACGCGCUACUUGGUGCGACAGGUUAUCCUAGCCUGUCAGUAUCUCCAUGGCAAUAAGAUCAUCCACAGGGAUCUUAAACUUGGCAACCUGUUUAUUAAUGAUGAAAUGGAAAUGAAAAUUGGUGACUUUGGAUUAGCCACUCGUGUGGAUUAUGAUGGGGAAAGGAAAAGAACGUUAUGUGGGACACCAAACUAUAUAGCCCCGGAAGUACUUAAUAAAAAGGGCCACAGUUUUGAAGUUGAUGUCUGGUCACUUGGCUGUAUUGUGUAUACCCUAUUGGUUGGGAAACCUCCAUUUGAGACAACCUGUCUAAAGGAUACUUACAUGAGAAUAAAAAAGAACGAGUACCACAUCCCAUCACGGGUGAGCCAGCCUGCCAAAAAUCUGAUUAUCAAACUGCUCAAGGCUGACCCCACAGACAGACCCAAUAUGGAAAAAAUGCUUGAUGAUGAAUUUUUCACUUGUGGUUACUUACCGACUCGCUUGCCUACAAGUUGUCUGACAAUGGCGCCACGGUUCGACACACUUGCCAAAUCUGAAUCCAUGUCCAGGCGGCCUUUACAUGAAAUCAACAGAGCAGGUAAAGACCCUAAUACCAGACCUGCCACAGCCUUACCUGAGAUGAUGAAGAAGGAGGAUAAACGUCCAGAGCAUUCCGAGGGUGAAGAGGCAGAAGGACGAAGCAGGAAAGGCAGUGAUGAGCCAACAGAUUUCUACCUUUCCGACUUGUUUGCCCAAUUGGGUACUGUGGUAGCUGCUCGGCCAUCAGAAAGAGCCCUGGUACAGGAAGAGGAUGCCCUAGACCCCGCCUGUAUCCCCAUCUACUGGGUGAGUAAGUGGGUAGACUACUCGGACAAGUACGGCCUGGGCUACCAGAUGUGUGAUAAUAGUGUAGGAGUACUCUUUAACGACUCUACCCGACUCAUCCUAUUGGCCAAUGGCGAAAAUGUGCAGUACAUUGAGCGAGACAGUACAGAACACUAUCAUACCAUCAAAGUUUUCCCCGAGACGCUCACCAAGAAAGUGACGCUGCUCAAGUACUUCAGGAACUACAUGAACGAGCAUUUAUUAAAGGCUGGUGCCAACAUGACCCCUCGGGAGGGUGAUGACAUGACCCGUCUACCCUUCCUGAGGACCUGGUUCAGGACACGUAGUGCUAUCGUCCUUCACCUCAGCAAUGGCACACUACAGAUCAACUUCUUCCAGGACCACACAAAGAUAAUCCUCUGUCCGUUGAUGCAGGCAGUGACCUACAUUGAUGAGAAGAGAGACUUUCAUAUAUUCAGACUAUCUUUGAUAGAGAAAUACGGGUGUUCUAAAGAACUGGCUAGCAGAAUUCGCUACGCCAAGACAAUGGUCGAACGUCUGAUGACGACAAAGUCUGGAUCAGGACGCGUACGAUCUGCAGCACCUCCAACAGCCACAACCACAACCACUUAGAAGGCACCCUCCUCUGUGUUGUGAACAGACAUUAACAGACACGUCGCUGUACCGUGACCUGAGCUAGAGAUCUCAGAUACAAUCAACAAAAGGUUGCUAUAUACUCAGUCCCCCCAGACUAAGGAUAGUGCCCCUAUAGAUUACAAUACUAAUUACAGGGGACCAUAUAUAUUCAGGGGCUCUAAAAACUGAGGGACUAGUGCAUGUUUGAACUCUAACAGACUACAGGCAUUGUACAGUUCCAUGUUAUUGCAUUUAACUAUGUACAUUAUCUGUAUAUAUUUAUAUAAAUCAUGCACACCAUUUCCGUAACUUGCCUUUUCUGAUCCAUUAUCAUUCUUCUCUGUCUCUCUAUCUUUCAUUGUUUUAAAGCUUUUCCUCGUCUUGCACACAAUCUUGUUCAAUGAAGAGUUUUGCAGAAGUCCAGGAAAAUGUCUGUAACACAUAUUUUUUUCUUGAACUCCAGUGUUAUGCUUCCAGUUGAAAGGAUGUUCAUGGAACUGGGACAAGAUGAUCCUCUUCAUUUUAGUAAAUUGGAGAGAAUUUUUGGCUGGACCACAGUUGUUUGUGAGAAAGGAAGUGACCCUUGGUUUGAUUAACUGUUUUUGAGGAAUUUAGUGGAGGUCUGUCAGAUAUAAAAGGUCUACUACAUGAUUUGAUAUUAAUAAAAAAGGUGACUCAUAAACAGGUGGACAAACCAGCACACCCGUAAAACCCUUCCAAUGUAGUAUUUGUGAAUAAAGAUUAUUAUUUAGAUUGCUUGCGAAAUAUACACUAAUUAAAAAAAAAAUGAAGUUUGAAUUUAUGAAAGUGACCCAAUGUAAAUAUCUUAAUAUAGUGAGUAAUAUAUUUUCAUGUUUAUCUCUGAAAAAGUUGGUUGCAAAUUAAAAUAACAUGAAGGAUGUAGCUUUUGUUUCUUUCUCAGAUUCAAAUCUGAAAUCCCUCUAUGUACAACCAGGACAACCAUUGUUCAUGAAAAUCCUGUGAUUAAUACAUUAUGUAUGAACAGUAAUUACCACCAACAAGUUUUGACAACUAUUUUCCAUGUGUUAAUCUCUAAACCUCUUGUUUUUAUAACUUAUACAUCAUUUCCUUUCCUAUCACUGGUGUCUUUUAUAUACCGUCUGUAUUUGUACAGGUUUGGGUGGUCUUGUUUUAACUUGUUCUGUCUGUUGUUAAUUUCACAAAAAUGUUAAAUUAUUGGUGAUUUGACUCUUCACAGUAAAUGAUUCUCGGACACUCCUGUUUUUGCUUUUUGAAAGUGUCAUACCGUGUGCUCAUAUUGAAAUAGAAAUAGUGCUUUAUCAUCAAGGUCAGGCAGCAACAAUGCUGAAUCCAUACACAAUAUCGAAUUGUCAAAUCAUUGAGAAGAGAAUCUCUUUAUUUUUGAAUGAAAGAGAUAACUUACAACUUACCUUAGGAAUGUUUUCCCUUUUUAGUUGCUUACUAAACACUGGGGGUAGUAGUGGUAGGUAUUUCACAAUAAAAUACGCAAUUCUACAGUGCUUAAGUUUUAAAUGUUAAUUAUUGUAUUGUAAUUCACCAGUUGAAUCAUUUAAAUCAUGAGUUAAUCUAAUAUAAAAACAAUUGUCUGAAUUAGGAAGUACAUGAAAAAUUCAUUUUGAUAUCAAGUAGUGCUUUUUGGCCGGAUUGCAAUGCAAUCGGAGCUUAUUUCUGAAUUUCUUUGAAUGUUAGAAGUUUUCCAUAUCAGGACCCAUUUAAAUACAGUUAACCUUUUCCCUUUCCAUAUUGGUUGAAAUAUUUCAAUUUUGGAAAUUUUAUUUAAAAUUUGUAAUUAGGCGGGUUUUGUGUUUUGAAUCAAAAUAGAAAUAGGAUCUGCCUGGUUAUGAACAUUAAUACAUAUAAUAAAUGUGAUGAAGACUAGUGUUGGUUUAUUUACCAGAUAUAUGGUGGCACUUUGUUUUGUAAUAAGUAAUUUAUUUAUGUUUAUUAAGUCUGGUUGAUUUGAUUUUCAGGCCCCCCAGGUUAGUUUUGGGAUUUUGUUCUAUGAAUUCAUAUGUGUUCAUUUAUUGAGUUAGAAUCAUGGUUUUUAUAACUGGGGAGAAAUUUUCGUGAACAUUGCUAUAAAAUUGGUUUUGUUGCCCUAUAAGGGCAGUGUGGAGUGAAGCUGGUGUCAGAAUCUAUACUGUUAAGUUUCUAUUUUGCAUGUGGUUAUGUUUUUCUUGGACAGUAUUUUCCCAUGAAAGGUAGAUUCAGUGAGUUUAUUUGUCAUUUAUUAGAACUAGUGUAUGCAAUGAUAAAAUAAUCAGGAGAAUAAGUCAAUCCACAAAAUACUGGGCUAAUGAAAGGAAGCUUUACAUUAGGAAUAGUCUGAACAGCAAUGAUAAUGUAUGAAAAUAUCCCAUUUCAAUGCAACUUGGGCUUCAGAUAUGAAUGUAAGUGUGGAAGGUUGUUACUCUGUUGUGCUAGAAAUUGAGUGGCUAUCAUAUAGUGUUUGUGUGUAUGUGUCUGAAAGGCCAGAAACUACUACUGGUGAGUGUAUGUGUGCAAACAAGCUGUAUUUUGUGUGUUUUUGAUGUGCUAACGAUAAAUUUGCAGAUCCAUGCAAAUGGACAUUUUGUGCCACCUCAGUGACUUGUUUAAACAUUGUUAAAUCAUGGAUGUUUAUAGAAGCAUUUGCAUAUCUUCAUGAUAAGCAGUGCUGUGAUUUCAUUGACUAAUUUUAUAAGGAAUAAUUCAUAAAAUACAAAUAGCAUUUCAACUGUAUCAUGUAUAUGAUCAUUGUAGAACAAAGAAACACAUCAGCAUAUAUCAUACACAGUCUCACAUUCUCAUAAACACCUGUGAUUUUGUGUUAAAAUGUCAAUGAUGUCAAUAAAACGAGAAAAAUAAA